GCUGAUUAGAUAAGUCUCACUCACUCCAAUAUAAGCGCUAGUCAAGUUACUUUGCCGGGGCCGCGUUUGUUCUCGCUCGCUCUUUGUAUCGCAGCUCAUCUUCCGUGUGUACUCUAAUCCAUGCAAGUCCAUACAAAGAGUUAAAAUGAGAGCGCGGCACCGACUGAAGUUUGUGGAGCUGUUGGACGACUAAAACAGAGUUAGUCGAGCGCCCGCUUGGCAACAGUUGCUGGUUUGAAUGGGCGAGCACCAGAUAGGAGCGCCCACGGAGCUGGAUAAGCUCGACGCUGGUUUCAGAGACAGCCGGAAGACAUGGCUGUGCGUUGGGAAAGCCAUUUUCUGGCCCAUCAUCCUGCUUGUGCAGGCUGUGUGGAUUUACUUCUUCGGUUGCCUCUUCGCGUACGGGAAGCGCCUUGGGCGAGGGGUGCUAUGUGGACUCUGCGUGUGCUGCAGUUGCACAUACAAGGACAAGAAGUUCCCACCCACACACGCUGCCAUCGGUGCAUGGGAAAACAAGUCUCCGGAGCAGAUCGAUAGCGAAAUUAAAUGGCGGCGGAUUGGUGACAUUGUGGCGGCGGGCGGCAAGAGCGGGGCCAAGCUGUUCGCAGGCAAGAUUGAGCCGGCGGACAUCUGCCAGGGCGGCCUAGGCGACUGUUGGCUCAUGAGCGCUCUGGCGUGCCUCGCCAACCAGGAGGGGGCCGUGCAGCAGGUGUUCCUGACAAAGGAGUACACAAACUAUGGGCGCUACCGCAUCCGGCUGUGGGAUGCGCCCAACGAGAAGUGGGUCACGCUGACCAUAGACGACUGGAUCCCCUGCAACGCCAACACUGGCCAGCCCGUGUUCGCCAAGCCCAACGGUGACGAGGCCUGGGUGCUGCUGCUGGAGAAGGCAAUGGCCAAAUUCAAGGGCUCCUAUGCCAAUCUGGACGGCGGCAGCACCAUGUGGGCGCUUGAGGCGCUGACAGGCGAUUACGUGUUCGAGUUCCGGCUGGAACCCAAGCUGAACAAGUGGCAACGGCGGGAGAUGUUCCACCGGUCCAACAACACCGGCGGCUUCGACGUGCUGUUGCGUCUCACAGACGACGCCCUGGACGGCGACGAAAUGUUCUCGACGAUGCUGUUCUACAACCGUAAGAGGAGCUUCAUCGCCGCCAGCACGGGCAGCGGCAGCGACAAGGACAACGUCAACGGCAUUGUGCAGGGCCACGCCUACGCCGUCUGCAACGUCAAGCUGGUGGACCGCUUCCAGCUGGUGCAGCUGCGCAACCCCUGGGGAACCUUCGAGUGGGACGGGGCAUGGAGCGACAAGAGCCCGCUGUGGGAGCAGCAUCCCAAGGUGAAGCGCGCGUUAGACUUCACACCCGGCGACGACGGUACCUUCUGGAUGGAGUGGAAGGAUUUCUACUCCUACUACAAGUGCCUGGACUUCUGCAUCCGCACCACGGGAUUCGACGACAUCGCCAUUGACCUGCACGAGGAGCGGCUGCUUUGUGGCCCCACGAUAGGCUGCGUGAUGGGCUGCGCGCGCUACUGGCUGUGCUGCCUGGGCAUACGCGCGCUGUUCUUCAGCCGGAAGGCGCGGCAUUUUGAGAAGCCACCGGCGGAGGGCGGCUGCAUGGGCUGUUGAGGUCGGGAGAAGGUCCCCGGAGCCGCAGUCUGCAGCUGCAGCAGGCCAUUGCGCCCCCGCAUCUGGACUUGAGACGGGAGUGUGCGCGCCUGUUUGCACUGCUGGUUGAAAGGUUACAAAGAAGUGCUUUUGUGUCCAAAUGAAGGAUGUGGGCGUAAAUUUAUUGACUACCGUACCACACUGAAGUGAUUUAUUGACUACCACACGCAGCACUGACGUCUUGGGACACCACUCUUUGACCGCGCAUUCAUCCACAUAACGUUGGUGUGCGAUCCCUUUGGUGCCAACAGCCUUAAAACAGUUGGAGGCGAUCCGACAUAUGUACUGUAGGCGCCUAGCUAGGGCUGCACACAACGUUGCGUGCCCCAUGUACAUUUGCACAAGCCGGAACAAUUCCAGCAGCCAGUGGGUUUAAUUCUCAAACUUACCCAGCAUGACGACCUAACGGCUCAAGUACGUUCCUACAAUUUUCCCAGUAGCACAGCGCCUCCACAGUCCACACUACGAGUCUACGACUGAACGCGUUGGUGUUGCGCCAAGAACAGGCGGCAGACUGAGACAUUUAGCAGGCGCGCACAGCCUCCUUUCCUAGGUCCAGGCUGUUUAAGGCCCAGAGCCCCGGACAGUAAGAAGGCAGGCUGGUGCGUGCACACAAGACUCAACGUGUGUCACACUGUCACCCCACAGGUGAGGCCGUGAUGUCCAACUCAGCAAACUCAUGUCAUGAAGGUCCGAGAGAUGUCCUGAUAGCAUACACCACAACACAUUAUGAUGUCUAACACGGUUGAUUCCGCAGUAUUAACGGCCCUUAUGCUAUAGUAAGCGGGGCACAGCGCGUACGUGCGGUCAUCCACUGCUGCGUACAAACCUUCACUAG